UUUAACAUUGUAAUACUUUAGGUAACAUUUAUAGUUUGUAUAAAUAAAGUGCAUCUGCACAUGAGUAAAUUGUGCGUCUUAUUUCGCUCCCUAUAUAAAGCACCAGUUUACCGUGAUGAGAGAAACGGAGCUUUUCGAAACUCCGAGUUAAUGGAAUCAAUUGCAUCACAAAAUGAUUCAGUGAUUCGAAGCGUUCGAAUCAGCGCACGCUGACCAACUCCUGCUGAUCAAAACAGUGUAAAUGCAACGAGAACACAAGAACAAACGUGUAAAGACAACAAAAGACCUGCACAUGUUUUCAUGGAAGUGGAAUCAGAAGCUUAAGACCAUUCACUGACUCCCUUACCAGUGGAAGCUGAUUGAGACACACCAAGAGAUUUAGUUUGGAUUUAUUUUUCUUUCUGUUAAUUAUUCUGAUCUUAAACAGGACAAAGUACCCAAACACACAGAAAAACUCCUGCUGGAGCAACUGAGAUCCACUUGACACUAUUAUAAAGAUGGUGUUUAUUAAAGAGGAGAGCGAAGACAUGAAGAUUGAAGAAGCAUUCAAACAUGAAGAAACUGAGGAAAAACAUGAAGAAACUGAGGAACAAACAGAAUUUAUGUCACUAAAAAAGGAGAUUCAAGAAUUUGAUGAAAAGGAAGAUAAAGAUCAUGAUUUUAUAACUGGAGAAAUGCCAUUUAGGUGCUCACAGACUGAAAAGACAGAAAUAAGAGCUCAUAAGACUGCAAAAAGAGGUUAUUUCACCUGCCAACAGUGUGGAAAGUGUUUCAAAAGAUCUGGAAACCUUAAUUCCCACAUGAGAAUUCACACUGGAGAAAAGCCUUACACAUUCCUUCAAUGUGGAUUAAGUUUCACUCUUAAAGAAACUUUAAGAAUGCACAUGAAAGUUCACACCGGAGAAAAGCCUUUCACCUGCAAACUGUGUGGAAAGAGCUUCAAUCGAAAAUCAAGCCUUAGAAACCACUUGAAAAUUCACAGUGAAGAGAAGCCAUACACAUGCUCUCAAUGUGGAAAACGUUUUACACAUAAACAACAUCUUGAUGUCCACAUGAGAAUUCACACUGGAGAGAGUCCCUUUACCUGCCAACAGUGUGGAAAAAGUUUCACUCAAAAAGGAACCCUUAACAGGCACAUGGGAAUUCACACUGGGAAGAAGCCUUUUUCCUGCCAACUGUGUAGAAGAAGCUUCACUCGUAAAAUAGUUCUUGAAAGGCACGUUAGAAUUCAUACUGGAGAAAAGCCUUACACCUGCGGUCAGUGUGGGAAAAGUUUCUGUCAACAUGGAAACCUCAUAGUCCACAUGAGAAUACACAAUGGAGAAAAUCCCUUCAUCUGCCAUCAAUGUGGAAGAAGUUUCAAUCAUAAAGGAAGCCAUAACAGGCACAUGAGAACUCACACUGGAGAGAGGCCUUAAACCUGCCCCCAUUGUGGAAAAAGUUUUGACCGACAUGAAAACCUUAAAGUCCAUAUGAAAAUUCACCGUCCAGUUUAAAGGCUUUUUUUCCUGGAUGUAUUGUAAUAACACUAACUGCACCGUGGUUUAGCAUAAAUCCCUGCUGAAAAAAACCCCAGCUUGAACCAGCCUAGGCUGGUUGACUGGUAGCUGUUUUAAGCUGGAAGUUGCAGCUAAGACCAGCCUGAAGUUGGCCAAAACCCCUCUAAAACCAGCCUGCUGACUAGCUAAGCCCAGCCUGGAUGAGCAGUGAAAACCAGCCAGCCAGCUUAAGCUGGUUUUAGCUAGUUUUUUCCGCAGGGAUAUGAAAUGUAAAUAGAACUUUAUUAUAUUAAUGUAGUCAUGUAUUACUGCAUUAAAGAGGUUCUUUCACCACUUGUUAACACUCCAAUCCAUCUCAGAUCCCUCAGAAGUGAAUUGAACCGAGACCAACUCAGGAGGUGAUCUUUCAUUUGAAGGUACGGUUCGCUAAAAACGUGCAUUGUAAACAUUGGUCAUCAAAUGUCUCCAUAGAAAUCAGCUGUUCAAAAUGGCUGCUGCUUCUGGCAGAUUUGAACAAAUUAUUCACUCACAACGUACUCUCAAAACUGUAAGAGAGACGCAGAUGUGUGCCUUUCAGUUUCAACUUUUUAGAGAUUUAUUUUUGGUGUUUUUGCCUUUAUUUGAUAGGACAGUAGUUAAAGGAGAAGUCCACUUUCAAAACAAAGAUUCACAUAUAAUGUUCUCACCCCCUUGUCAUCCAAGAUGUUCAUGUCUUUCUGUCUUCAGUCGUAAAGAAAUUAUGUUUUUUGAGGCAAACAUUUCAGCAUUUUUCACCAUAUAAUGGACUGAUAUGGUGCCCUGAUUUUGAACUUCCAAAAUGCAGUUUAAAUGCGACUUCAAACGAUCCCACAUGCGGUUGUAAACAAUCCCAGUCAACGAAGAAGGGUCUUAUCUAGUGAAACGAUAUAAUACAAUUUAUAUACUCUUUAAUGUCAAACACUCGUCUUUUUUUUUUU